CAUUUUUAUGCAGUACGGAGAAAGUUGAUCAAGCAACAUGUUGAAAUUGGUUAUUAUUUUGGCUGCAGUGGCAGCAUGCUGUGGACAGGUGCCAAACAUGAGAGUAUCGUAUACCCUGUUCAAAAAGGAAAACCAAUUUACUGGUACGAGUAUGUCUGAAUCCAUACCUGAAAUUUUCAAUUCAACACAAAAGACAAUAUUCUUAAUACACGGCUACGCGGGUAACACAGUUUCGAGGUUCAAUCAAUUAGUCCGGAACGCUAUUUUCGACUACCGUAAUCCUGACAAUUAUAACGUCAUUGUGGUUGACUGGACACUAGAGGCGAGUUUCAGUUACACACAAGCGAGGAAUAAUGUGGGUAACGUUGCUCGCAACUUGGUCAAUUUUAUACAAUGGUUAACAACAGAACCUACAACAACAGGAGUACCUACCACAAUAACAACAACAGGAGCACCUACCACAAUAACAACAACAGAAGAACCUACUACAACAACAACAGAAGAACCUACAACAACAACAGAAGAAUCUACAACAACAACAACAGAAGGAUCUACAACAACAACAACAGAAGGAUCUACAACAACAACAACAGAAGGAUCUACAACAACAACAACAGAAGGAUCUACAACAACAACAACAACAACAACAGAAGAACCAAACAAUCCAAAUCCACCAACAAAACUAGAACGACGAUCAAUAACACGUGGUCAAUCAAAUGUAGCAAAUUUAGAAGAUUUUCAUUUUGUUGGGUUUGACCUUGGAGCACACGUUGCUGGUAUUGCUGCAAGAAAUCUUCGGACAGACUCUAAAUAUGUUGGUAGAAUCACCGGUUUGAGCCCAUCAGGACGUCAGUGGGGUCCCGGUUCCGAGCGCUUGAGACGAGAUGAUGCCAGAUAUGUUGAAGUAAUUCAUACGGAUACUUUAGGCGUCCUUGCCAAUGGUAUCGAAGAUCCCAUUGGUGACGUAAACUUUUACGCUAAUGGAGGAAAUAAUCAACCAGGCUGCCUCACACACUCCUGUUGUCAUGAUCGUGCUUUCGAGCUGUUUGCAGCAUCAAUGAUCAACCCAAAUCUAAUUGGACGUGGAUGUACCUCAAAAACACAGAUGAACCUUAAUUUAUGCCGAACAGGUUACCUUAAUUUAGGUGGCGUUGAAUUAUCCAAGACUGGAUUGAAUAUCUACAGGAUCAACACAUCAAGAAGAUAUCCGUUCUAUUAAAACUAAUACUGAUUAAUGACCGAAUAAAUACUUAUAUUCCACGA